CUCAACUCACUUGCCGGCCUUCUUGACGCUUCCUCGCAAGUUCUGGCCCAGCAGCUUGACUAACCGGUGGCUCACAAAUGUCACACCACUGCAUCCAUACAUACACCCACGCAUCGCAUCCAGCCAUAGCGAACAGACAAAGGACAUAUGAUGCCAUUUCACCCACGUACCCGUCGGCAAAGGUACGCUCUGCCUUGCCGGCACGUUUCAGCUCACGAAGCCUGCAGACCAGACAAGACACGCACACACCCACACACACGCGCCCCGCAUGCGGGCAGACAGGCGUAUGAUGUGUGUCUUCAUUUCCACCCUCUCCCUCCCUGCCUCCCUCUCUCACGUGUCUGGGAGUAUGUAGAAUUUGAGUAGCGUCUGCUGCACACGGCCCACCCCCAGGAUGCACUGCACGCACCAGCUAUCCGCGCUAGUGCACUUGAACACAAACGAUAUCCGCCGGACUUUCUUGUAGUCGAACUUCUCACCAGGAAGCAGCCGCACCACCGUCUGCACACAGCACAGCACGAGACAGACACAGCAGGGAGGAGACACAAGUAGUACUCGCAAGCUGUGGGCAUGCAGUGAGUGCAGUGAGUGCAUUCAUUGUAUGGUCGACCUGUUUAUGCAGCGCUCGGUAAGGGAAUACGGCGAAGGGCGGCCGCACCCAUGUGAUGGUGGGGUCUUGCGUGAUGGCAACCUCGCCCUCCUGGGCCUUCUCGGCACCGCGCACAGCUAUGAACUUGAUGCUCACCUCCUCAUCCUACAUGUAUGUUGCAGUGCCACACACACGCAAAACCAAAGGCAACGGACGGACAAGACAAGAAUGCAUGGAUGGGAUGGGGAGUGGUGUAUGACAUGCCAACCGACCGCGGCUGUGUCGAGGAUGUCUCCCUCGACCAUUGUGUGUGGGUGUAUGGACAGCUGCAGCAGUUCGUGGGCGGCCGCUGUGUCCUCCUGCAGCUGAGCUUGGUACGCCGCCUCGGCUGACUGAAUCGCCACCAGACCUGCCUGUACCCGUCCAUCCAUCCAUCCAUCCAGACAGACAGGCAGACAGGGAGGGAGGGAGGGAGGGAGGGACGGAGUGAGGGAGUAACGCAAUGAUCGUGGUUGGUGGUGCGGGCUUACAUUGACUUUCUGCAUGUAGUUGUAGAACUUUCUUCUGGUCUUCAGGUCCUCCAGCAGCCACAGAGCAUACGCCUCACCCGCACCGGGAAUCUCCCUCAUGAGCUUCAGGUGUUCGAUCAUGUCACUGAUCCGCUCGGCCAGGUUGUAGUCGGGCGGCUGUCGGUUCAGCACCACCCGCCGCAUCGACUGCAGCUCCUUGGCAAACGACACGAAGUUCAGGUGGUAACUCUCCACUGCGGGCAGGUCCAGCAGCAGCCGCACAAACAGCACGCGGGGCUCGCGAGGGUCAGGGGCGACGUAGCGCAGCAGCGGGGAGACCACCACAUUGCCUUCCUGCAGGUCAGGUAAACACAUGUGGCGGUGGUUUGCAGCACACAGCACAAGGGUGUUCAUGCCUAACAUACGUGUGUGUAGGCGAGCUGCCGGGGAGCCAGCUGUUGUGGCACCGGGCAGCGAGAGACCGGGCAAAACAUCAGGUUCUUGUGCCUGAUUGAUCGACAGAGAAAAUGUUGAAUGUAUGUAGAGGCAUGUGUGUGUGUGGGUGGAUAGGGUAUGCUUUCGUUUGUCUGUACUCGAGGAGGAAUCUGCUGUGUAUCUGGAAGUUGUAUGCCGUGUCGUCCAUCUCAAUCCGCUGCAGGAGCUCAGCCGAGAAGGGCGGCUCCCGGCCGUCGGCUAUCUCCCUCACCAGCUGGUAGACCCUGUCGUAUGCCGCGAUGGCCACUUGGUCCUCAUACAGAGCCAGCAGAUUGACAAUCCCCGCCAGCAGUGCAGGCUCCAUGGUGACGAAAUGGCGCUUCAGGUCGUAAUGCGACAAAUAAAUGCCCACAGUGAGCUGCAGGAGAGAGAUCCCACACAACACACACAGAGAGAGAUAAGUGCUUGCGUGCGUGUGGUUGGCUUUUUGCCUACGGGUCACCCACAUCGACGUCGAGAGUGUCUUCCAUCGAGCAGAAGUCGUCAACAAAGGUCAGCAGCGGGUCGAUGAUAACGGUGGUCGCCUGCGCAAUGUAGGGCGCCAGCACCGCCACCUUGUAAUCCUUCAUGACGAACAUCUCCAUGAAAGUGGAGACCUCCUCCAGGCUGCCAGCCACCCUGCCCAGACGCACUUGCAGCGCUUCCACGAAAUGGGGGUAGCCGCAAGAAGCUGAUUAAUGGCAGACCAACGUCCAUCGUCCAUCAAUUCACCGUCUUAAUAUGUGUCUGUCGGCGUCUCACUCACCGAGGAGCUGGUCGCGGUCGGCUUUCAGGAGAGGGUUCCACAUGCACUGAGAAAAGAGACACACGGCUCAGUAAAUGAAAAGGAGAGGGAGGGUGCCGCCAUACGAAGAAGAGGACACUGAGGAUGGGCAGUGCCAUGGCCAGCUUCUGCUCGGAAUCACUCGCUGCACCCUGCGGUUCAUACAGACGGCACGGACAUGACUCGAUGUGAUGUGCAUACACUGCACUGCUUACCCCCUGAGUGGCUACCAUGGGAACCUUCUCCCACUUGCGCACCACCAGCCCGUGCAUCAGUGCCACGAGACCUCUCUGGCCCGCAGAGCUUUUCCACCCCCAACAUGCAGCCGCGGCGCUCUGCAGGAAGGCCUUGGGCAUGUGUUGCAUGAAGUACUGCAGCUCGGCGUAGUAGCGCUGGGCCGUCGCGGCCAUGUCUUGCGCCAGAGGGGCUGACAGCAGAAGAGACGGUGGGAGAGACACCAACGACAGGGAAGGUCCUGUGUGUGUAUUGGCUUGCCUUCGUAUUUGGUGGGAUUGAUGCGGAAGGGCUCUGUACACUCCUGGGACAGAACCGCCGCCAGGGAGCUUCACACAAAGCCAGCCUCAAUGAGCAGCAGCUGGAUGUGUGCGGCGUGCGUGCAUUUUCUAUCGUGCGUACUUUGGGUUGAAUACGUUGACGAUGUGUUCGAUUAGCGGGGGAAUGUUUGCGGGGUGGGUGUUGUACCACGUGAACAAAUCCAUAAAGAGGGAAUACUCUGAACCAACAUCGAUCGUCGAUCGACGAGAGAGCCAAUGCAUCCAUCUGUGGCCAACGUGUCUUCACCUGACACAAAAAGAAAGUCCAGGUCGCCUGUCUCCGAUAUCUCCCGCUCGCCGAGCAGCCGCAGAAAGGCCAGGAACAGAUGGUUCACACGGGAAGUGUCCAGCUCCAAAUACAGCUGCACACCGACAAAGAGUGACAGAAGAUGCCACCCACGGUGAGCGAAUGAGUUUGUGUCGGUGCUUCGUUCGAGAGGCUCACUUUUUGUGUGAAGUUGGAGAUGAGCAUCAUGUGUUGACUGACGGCUGUCAUGUCGUUGUCUUCCUCUGGCGUCAGUGUCUGCACCAGACGCGUCAGAUAGAGAGGCUGCUGCUGCAGUGCGAACAGCAGCUCCAAACAAAUGCACACAGACAGAGACAU